AUUUAACAUUUUCGCAGUUUUGUUGUUGUUUUCUACCAUCCAGAUAUUAAAUUUAAAGAGCCUCUCAAUCAACAAACCACACUUGGAACGAACAUCUUGCACAAACUCAAAAGAAGACCUGAUAUUUACCAACCCGUUAACCGCAUUAGCUUCAAUUAGUGCCCCUCGCAGCUCGCUAGUGUCGCAAAAAGUGAGCAUAUCGGACUCGAUGCGUUGGUAAGACAGUUGCAGUGCUCGUCGAACAGUCAGUGCCAGUAACCAGCCAGCCAGCAGUGACCAUGAAGCCCCGUGUCGUACGCAGUCGAAUCCGUCAGCAGGAACUGAACCCGGUAUUCCACUGGCAGGACAAGACCGAAGAUGACAAAGUGCUGAGCAAAAUCAAGAUCAAGCAAGCUCUGAAAUCUGGAGUGCUGAACCUUUCCGGGCAGGGGUUGGCCACGGUGCCGGAAAAGGUGUGGAAUCUGAGCGACUCGGAGGACUGCGACAAGGAGGUGCGGUACGACUUGGACCGGUCCAACGAGGAGGAGAGCUGGUGGAACCAGAAAACGCUGACCAAUUUGGACUUGAGCUCGAACUCGCUGACCUGCAUCAGUGAAAAUGUGAAGAACUUGGCCGAUCUGACGGUGUUGAACCUGCAAGAUAACGCACUAAUCAGCCUUCCGGAUGGCAUCGGCUGCCUUACUAAACUAACCAAGAUAAACAUUAGCCGUAACAAGCUCACCGAACUACCGGAUAGUUUCUUCGAGCUGAAGGAACUGAAGGUUCUCAACCUGGCCCACAAUGACUUUACCGAAAUUCACAGCAACGUGAGCGAUCUGAUUAUGCUGGAAGUGCUGGACAUUUCCUUUAACAGUCUUAAUUCGCUCCCCGGUGGAAUUGGGUUCCUGGUGCGACUUCAACAGCUAAUGCUCAAUAACAACCGACUGCUAGAGCUCCCAAACGACAUAGUCAAUUUGAGAAAUCUCCACAAGAUGGACCUGGCCAAAAACGAUUUGAAGCAGCUUCCACCCGUGAUGGGCGAACUGCGCAAGCUGGAAUGUUUGUACGUGCAGCACAACGACGUGGUCGAGUUGCCGGACUUCACCGGGUGUGACGCCCUGAAGGAAAUUCACAUCUCGAACAACUUCAUCAAAUCCAUCCCGGCGGACUUCUGUGAAAAUUUGCCCCAGCUGAAGGUUCUGGAUCUGCGCGACAAUAAGAUCGAGAAACUCCCGGACGAGAUAUCGAUGCUGGCCAGUCUAACGCGGUUGGAUCUGUCGAAUAACUCUAUCAGCAGUUUACCAUCCUGUUUGUCCACGUUGGCGCAUUUGGUGAGUUUGCAGGUGGAUGGAAACCCUAUCCGGUCCAUCCGGAGGGACAUCAUCCAGUGUGGUACGCAGAGGAUCCUGAAGACGCUUCGGGAACGGGAUGGUCCUAGCAAGGGGACAGAAACCGUGAAGGUACCGUUCGAGGAGAGUACCUUCCCGGAUGUCUACCAAAUGAAGAAGGGUAGGUCGAUGAUUGUCAGCAACAAGAACUUGAUCGAUAUUCCAGAGCAAGUUUUUCUGGACGCGAUGGAGGCUUCUGUUUAUAAUGUGGAUAUCAGUAAGAAUAAACUGGGCGAAGUUCCAGCUGGCAUUGUCAACUUGGCUAAUCAACUGACGGAGCUGAACAUCAGUUUCAACCUUCUAAAGACGAUCCCCAUGUUCUUCUCACAAUUCGAGAGAAUCAGUUACCUGAACGUAUCCAACAACUUGCUAACCGAUCUCCCAGAAGUGGUUGGUCUGUUGGUAACAUUGCGUGAACUAAACAUGGCCAACAACCAGCUGAAGCGUAUUCCACCGUGUGUCUAUGAACUGAAGGGUUUGGAGAUCUUGCUGGCUCGAGGCAACAAGAUCGAGGAAAUUGAUGCCAGUGAAUGUGGACUUGCUGCGCUGCCGAGAUUAGCAACGCUUGAUUUGGCCAAUAACAACAUAAAGCAGGUGCCGCCUGUCUUAGGAUUGCUGAAAAACAUCACUACCCUGGAAUUGAUUGGAAACGGAUUCCGGCAGCCCCGUCAUCAGAUACUGGAAAAGGGAACAGAAUCCAUAAUGGCUUACCUGAGGGAUCGCAUUCCUACCUAAGAUGGUUCCCGAAGUUCCGGUACUCCUUGCCGCACCAUGAGAUUAAGUAUAACUGCAAGCAUGCUUUUAGUCACUCGCAAGAGAUAAAAUACAAACAUACUAAAGAUAUUAGGCAUUUUUAAAAAUAGAAUACAUUUAUUGAUAGAAGCACACUGCUUUGGGGCACGAUUCGUAGCAAAAUUGAAUCGUUACUCUAAAAUUUAUCGUUGUUGAGCUGGGAAACAUAAAGGCAUGGAAACGUGCCACUAGUACAA